GCCCAGUCUAAGGCAGUCUUAUCUCUCAGUCAGUUCUGAAAGUGUCAUCACCACCCUUCGCUAUGAGAGGUCUAUACGGGGCAGGUAUCCUGCUCUUGGUCUUCGUGACGAAUUCCUUUGCCAGAGGAAGGACUCCUGGGGCGUCCUCCUUUUCACCAUCAAAGGACUCUCUUGCAUCCUACCUUCACAGCCCUGCUAUGGGGCCGGAGGAUCGGUAUGUCCUGGAUGGAGUGCAAGAGAAAGCCAUUUGUCGAGGCUGUGAGAUAAUAGCGACCAGCAUAAAAGUGGAACUUGCACUAGGACAGACAUACGAGCAGAUGAUCAAAGAAGCCUUAUUCGUAUGCAUGGAAGUCAUCAAACUUAGUGAGCUCAGUUGCAGGGGAUAUGUGCAGCUGUUCACCCCAAUAAUCUACCACAUCUUCACCAAUGACACCGUCAUCCCGUCUGAUCUAUGUGGGAUGUUCCUGAGUGGCUAUGGGUGCAACACCACCCAGCCCGGACGUGAUUGGUCGGUUCAAAUCCAUGGAGAGAAACCGCCAGUUGUGCCCAUCGUCCUGCCAGAUCCCAGUCAGCCCACUUUAAAGGUUUUGCACAUAUCUGACAUGCACUUGGACCCAUUGUAUGUCCCAGGAUCAAAUGCUGAUUGUGCUGAGGAUCUCUGCUGCAGGGAGGAAUCAGGAACUCCAGCCACACCGGACGCUGAGGCAUGGUUCUGGGGCGACUAUCGUGACUGUGAUUCCCCUCCGUGGAUGAUCGAGGAUAUGCUGAGCCACAUCAGGACCGAACACACGGACAUCAGUUACGUCAUGUGGACUGGAGACGUCGUACCACACAAUAUGUGGGCAACGACGAGGGACUGGAAUACGAGGCUCAUUAAAGACACCAAUGAAAUCAUCCAGUCAUACUUUCCUGACAUUCCAGUAUUCCCAGUCAUCGGGAACCAUGAGAUGGAUCCUAUCAAUAUGUUCCCGGAUCCAGACAACGCCCCUGAAGAGUUCUCAGCUGAUUGGCUGUACGGAGCUCUGGCUAACCAAUGGGAGAAGGUGAUUCCAGGUUUGGACGUCUCAACCGUCCUCUAUGGAGGAUUCUAUUCGGUUCCGGUCAAACCUGGAUUCAGAAUCAUCUCUGUGAAUUCCAUGUUUGGGUACACGAUCAAUCUAUGGCUCUAUGAGAAUUCCAACGACGUGGCCCAUGAACUGAAGUGGCUGGAAGCUGAGUUGUGGAAAGCCGAACAGGAAGGAGAAUUGGUUCACCUGAUUGGCCACAUUCCCCCUGGACUCCUGUAUAACGAGAGAAGUUGGUCCAGGGAAUACACUAGAAUUAUCAACAGGUACGAAAACAUCGUCCGAGGCCAGUUCUUCGGUCACACGCACAACGACGAGUUCGAGGUCUUCCACGACGGCGAGAGGCCGUUCGGCGUGGCUUAUGUGGCCCCCAGCCAGACGCCCUGGACCGGUCUCAACCCCUCCUACAGGAUAUACACCGUUGAUGGAGAACGCCCGGACACUACCCGGAUGGUCCUCGAUCAUGACACCUACAUAAUGAAUCUGACCGAGGCCCACGAGACGAAUGCCACAAGAUGGCAUAAGCUUUACAGUGCCAAGGAGGCCUAUGGGAUGCCCAGCCUGACGCCCCAGGAUUGGUACCAGCUUGGCCACAGGAUGGCUGAGGACAGGUCGCUCUUUGACCUGUAUUUUAAGCACUUCGUCAGCGCUGGAGAUCCUCUCCUUCAGGAGGGUUGUGACGACAUCUGUUACGUCCAAAGAGUCUGCGACGUCAUGACGUCAGACCGUAACGACCUGGAUGCUUGUUACGGGGCUAUUCGCAGGAUGAAGGGCGUAUCCGGACUGCAGUCUUUUGCUUAACCAUUCUUAAUCUGCGUAAAUCUUCAUGUUUCAUUUCCGUGUCUUCUAUCUAUGUAUCAUGAAUGUAACUAAGACUGACUAUAUAUUAAUAAAGAAUUAGUACAAA